AUGGCGGAAAGAGAUACUCCAAGCAGGAAUACUCGAGGUAGUUCUCAUGUUUAUGAUGGUCCUAGUUUCUCUUUGAGAUUUUCACAACAACAACUUCCAAUUGCAGGAGAAUCUGCUAAAAUUGCUGCUGAGAGAAGAAGCAAGAAGAUUCAUGACCCAUCAAGGAUGCAUUUUAUUACUGGUGUUAAGACUCAUGUGAUUGUGAUGAAAUGUGAAUUUGAUAAUGAUGUUUUCGUGAAUACUGGGUUGGUUUGUUUUUAUGCAAAGUGUGGGUUUUUAGAGGAUGCACACCAAGUGUUUGAUGAUAUUCUUGAGAAGAAUGUUGUUUCUUGGACCGCGAUAAUGACGGGUUAUAUUGAUUUUGGGAAGUUUAAGGAAGCUAUUGAGUUAUUUAAGGAAGCUAUUGAAGUUGAGGCCCUGCAAAUCCUGUUAAUAUUUUUUUUUUCCUUCUCGUUAAGAUAUGCAUAUGCUCAAGUUACAAUCUUUUCAAGUAAGUAUGACACUCAGAGAUAUAAUGAUGCGAAGAAGGUGUUUGAUGAAAUGUCUCAAAGAUAUAUUGUUGCCUCUACUGUUAUGAUAUCAUGUUAUCUUGAUCAUGGGUUGGUGAAUAAGGCAAUGGAUGAAUUUCGUCUUGUUUCUACCAAGGAUAAUGUUGGUUGGACAGCUAUGAUUGAUGGUGGUUAG